AUGGCCUCUGCUCCGACAGGCUCCAUGUCGACCUCGACGCCGGCGUCCGUCGCACAGCCGGUCGUACAGACGCUGUCCCCGGCGAGAAGGGCAGACAUUGCCGCAGCAUCGCCGGCCUACCGCAUCCAGCAACGCCGGAGCACCGCGCCCAAGCGGGUCGUCGAGCGCUCCUGCAUCGUGUGCCACCGCCGCAAAGUGCGCUGCGACAAGACCAUGCCGUGUGCCGGCUGCGUGCGGUCGGGCGUGCUGUGCUGCUACCCGUCCAACAAGCGGGCGCCGCGGCAGUCCAAGACGACGAUUGCAGACAUUGCGUCGCGGCUGGUGCAACUGGAGCGGACCAUUGUGGCCGUGGCGGGCGGCGACGGGGACACCAAUGAGGACGAAAGCGGAGGCUACGAGAGCGACACAGCGCGGCCAAGCCACAGUGCCGCUAGUGGCAGUCACAGCCUGGCCGCCGCGCUGGAAAGACGUGCUGGCCGUGCCGUACCGACGUCGCGUUCGGCAACCAUGACGUCGAGCCAUGGCGGCGACAGCCACUCAAGCGGAACAUCUGACAGAGGAGGCACGAGUGAAGACCAUCCGUCGCCGUUUCGUGACGGGUCACUGAGUAGGAAAGGUGCAGCAAAACGGGAGAUGCUUCUCCACAACGCCUACGCAAGCCGUUACAUCAACGAGAUGCUCUUGUCCAAGAUUCUCGAAGCGGAAGAAGAAUUUCGGUCGGCGUUGGCGUCACCCAAGGACAGCGAGCAAGACGCCGAGCCUGUCUUUCCCCAAGGCGCUUCUGCAACGGCGGCACCCGCCAUAACGCUCUUUGGCUUGGUCGCGAGCGGCUGCCAGAGCAUCCCAUGCACGCUGUCCUCCGGGGACGCCAAUGCGAAUGCCGCGUUCCACCCGCCCAAACGACAGGCCAUACAGCUGUGGAACGAGUACCUGCAUUCUGUCGAACCCAUGAACAAGGUCUUGCACGUGCCAACAGCCGAAGUGAGCGUAUUCACGGCCAUCCACAGCCCCGAGAAGACGGAUCCCGCUUUUGAGAGUCUGUUGUUCUCGAUCUAUUACGCAACGGUCACGUCCUAUCAGCCGGCCGCGUACCAAACUGCCUUUGGCGAGGACAAAGCCGUCGCCCUUGACCGGUACCGCGCUGGCAUGGAGCGAGCGCUGGUCCAGGCGCGGUUCCUCGAGUCGCCCAGCCUGCCCACUCUGCAGGCAUUGACGCUGUUCUUGAGAAUGUCCCGCGCGCACAGCCCCGGGCAGUCCAUCUGGGUGCUGUACGGCAUGGUCGUACGGCUGGCGCAGUCGAUCGGCCUUCAUCGUGACGGCGCCAAUUUUAACCUGACGCCCUUUGAGUCUGAAAUGCGCCGCCGCGUAUGGGGCCACAUGAUCAAGCAGGACGACCGCGCCUCCGAGGACCAUGGCAUCGACAUCGACCUGACGGAAACCGACGUCGACAUCCAAGAAGCCCUCAACGUAAACGACCGCGAGCUCCACCCGGACAUGACGGUUCUGCCCACGCCGCAGAUGCGCUGGACGGAGAUGACCCUGCCCGUGUGCAUCCGCCGGCUGGGCACUACCAUGGCGUACGUGACGCAUCUCGUGGCAGAGACGAAAGCGUUACGGCGCGCAGGAAGUUCCGGACUGGCCCGCCAUGCCUCCUCGCCCGACUUGCCAUUGACCGAAGAGCGCCGCCGCGCCAUCAUGGCCACCCGCAACGCCUACGUCGAGGAGCUGCUCCAGCAGUGCAACAUGGUCGUCCCCGUGCAGCGCUUCGCCUACAAGACGGUGCGCCUCAUCCAGCGGAAAAUGGAGUUUAUCACGCGCCUGCAGCUGGCGGCCGCGCUGGCCACCACCGGCUGGCCGCGCCGCGCGGGGGGGAACCCCCGCUGCGCCGUCGCCAGCGACGGCGUCCUGGCGCUCGCCUGCGAGGUGAUGGAGCUCAAUGUCGACAUUAUGGAAGACGAGCUGAUCCAGGACUACCGGUGGGCGGCCGAGAUCUACCCGCAGUACCACCCGCUGCUGUACGUGCUAUGGCACCUGUUCGUGGAGCCGAUCCCGGCCUACCCCGCCGACAAGGCGGCGCUGCGGGCGCGGGCGUGGGCCGUGGCCGACAGCAUGUACGAGAUGGAGGAUGCGCGGCAGGCGCGGCAGAGCGCGCGGGGGGGCCGGAACUCCAAGUGGGCGCUGCUGACGAUGCUGCGGGAGAAGGCGCUGCGGGCGCAGGCGGCGUUGGACGGGAAGGCGAUGCCCGAGAACGGGAAGACGUUGGAUUCAAAUUCGGAUUCGACUGUGCCGCUUCCCGACGAUGGAGACAACGUCCAUACGGACGACGAUGGAACGAGCGCAAAUCAGUCCGGCGUGUCCAUCACAAACGGAGCCGCGCCGGCCUCUGGGUCUGCUCUUGCGGGGACUCUUUCAGCGUUGGGUGGUCCAGCAGAUGCUGCGGCUGCUGCUCUUCCUUCGUCGGCUCCUCCUUUGGAUGGAGGCUCUGGCUAUGGGCAGCCGACAUUUGCGGACGCGGACAUGACAGAGUUUCUCGGGGACAGCGCACUGGGCCUGGACAUGGACGUGGACUGGGUGCGCGGGUUUAUGGACUGGAACACGGUGGAAGACGAUUUUCGGAUGCGCACAUACGAUGUGAAUACUUAA